UGGGCCCCGGAUCCGGCAGGCUGAGGUGAGCCAGUGCCAGGGUUUAGCAGGGACUCUCUCUGCUAUCACACACAGGAGAGGAAGUAACAUACAUCACGGCUUCUCCUGCUAAUGGUAAUACAGCUUUGCACAGGAGCAGGAGGCUGUCAGCACAGGAGGCAGAGGGGGAAGACUGCACAUUACAGGGAAAUACAGACAUUACCCUAAAACAAAGGGACAUUUUGGAGACCCCGACUGUCUUGUGGACCUGCUGGAUAGAACGCUACAGCCACACACACAGCUGUUACAGACCCAGCACUGCAGAGGGAAGCGGAUAUUGGCUGUACAGAGCCCUGUGCACAGGAUUUUCUGUAGUCUUGCUGGAUUGUUAUUUUCUUGCAUUUGGUGUUCUCUCCUCCAGCAGAAUAACCCUGCUCUGUUGCUGCUGUGUGUGCCCUGCCUCCUGCAAUGCUUGUAUGUGAGGGCUGCUAGGAGAGGGAAGCACAUUGUGGUGACUGCCAUUGCUGCAGACACAUCCCUUCACUCCGCUUUUAUUUCCCCUCUCCCAUCCAAUACAUGAAUGUUUAAGGUCUUUCCACAAGUCCUUGAAUUAUUUGGAACAAUCACUGAUAAAUUGGGAUAAUCCUGCUGUCUUGAUGUGUGUGCCCAUGUACUUAGAGAUCUGCAACAUGUUGGGGAGAGGAAUUGAGAGGCAUCUUGUAGGCAAAACCGCCUGAUUCUCUUCCAGCCAAACAAGCACCAUGCCCACUGCUCCUACAGCCUAGCUUGUGCACACACUGGCCUGGAAUAAUAGCAAAACAAACCUUUUCCUAUAUUCAGUAAAUCAGAUACUGAUGUUUGUGGAUGAUGGUGAUGAAUCUCAAAGCUGGAUUUCUCUACUUGAAAAGCCUAUUUUGCAGACACAAAUCUAGCACAGAUUAUUGAAUUGACUUGUGGGAAAUAUACAGUAAGGGGGUCACACUUCACAGGGAAUCGGUUAAUAAAAAAAAUUGUUUUGGUGUCUAGUGGUGACAGCCAAACCUGGAAUUUACUCAUUCGGUAAUCAGGGAAUUCUCAUUUUUAUCCUGAUUAUUAUUGCACCUUCUCUAUGGCCUAGCAUUUUUUUUCGGUCUUCUGCAAGCAAAUCAAAGGCACAGUCUAUCAUAGAAUUUUAUUUAAUGUAUAUAGUAGAUGCACUUUGCCUGGAAUUUGAAUACAAUGAAUCAGUCAUUUUUGUUUUCUGUAUUCGGAACUCAUUAAAUAUGUGUUGAACGUUGUUCAUCUGAAAACUGGCACUGUCUUCAUGCAGAGUUGCUGUGUUUUAUAUAUAAAUAUAAUUUAAUAUAUACUUUUGUGGAAUUUUUUAAAAGUUUUUUUUCAUUUUUUUCAUUUUUUUAUUUGUGGUUUUGUUUUGAAAUCCUUGUUACUGUUUGGCAGUAGCAGUGUUAUUUCCUCUUUUGUUGUGAGGGUUCUUUUCAAGCUGUUUUUUGUUGAUUGUGUGAUCUUCUGCAAAUAUGGCGGACCUAGAAGCAGUGUUGGCGGAUGUCAGCUACCUGAUGGCAAUGGAGAAGAGCAAAUCCACCCCGGCAGCCAGAGCCAGCAAGAAGAUUAUACUACCUGAGCCCAGCAUUCGAAGUGUCAUGCAGAAGUAUCUGGAAGAACGAGGUGAACUGACCUUCGACAAAAUAUUUAACCAGAAGAUAGGUUUCCUGCUUUUCAAAGAUUUUUGCAUUAACGAGAUUGAUGAAGGAGUACCACAGCUCAAGUUUUAUGAAGAGAUAAAAGAGUAUGAGAAGCUGGAUUCAGAGGAGGACCGUCUUUGCAGAAGUCGAGAAAUUUAUGAUACAAAUAUAAUGAAAGAGUUACUAUCUUGUUCACAUCCAUUCUCCAAGCAAGCUGUAGACCAUGUACAAGCUCAUCUUGUGAAGAAACAAGUGCCACCUGCUCUAUUUCAGCCAUACAUAGAAGAAAUAUGUGACAGUCUUCGGGGAAGUAUAUUUCAGAAGUUUAUAGAAAGUGACAGAUUUACUAGGUUUUGCCAGUGGAAAAAUGUGGAAUUAAAUAUCCAUUUGACCAUGAAUGAUUUUAGCGUCCAUCGAAUUAUUGGACGAGGGGGAUUUGGUGAAGUUUAUGGAUGCCGGAAAGCAGACACUGGUAAAAUGUAUGCAAUGAAAUGUCUAGAUAAGAAGAGGAUCAAGAUGAAGCAAGGAGAGACCUUAGCCUUAAAUGAAAGGAUUAUGCUAUCCCUGGUCAGCACAGGGGACUGUCCAUUCAUAGUGUGCAUGACUUAUGCCUUCCAUACACCUGACAAGCUCUGCUUCAUCUUGGAUCUGAUGAAUGGGGGGGAUUUGCACUACCACCUCUCCCAACAUGGUGUCUUCUCGGAGAAGGAGAUGAGGUUUUAUGCUGCUGAAAUUAUCCUUGGCUUGGAACACAUGCACAACCGCUUUGUAGUAUACAGAGACUUGAAGCCAGCAAAUAUCCUACUAGAUGAGCAUGGGCAUGUGAGGAUAUCAGAUUUGGGACUUGCGUGUGAUUUUUCCAAGAAGAAGCCACAUGCUAGUGUAGGAACGCACGGUUACAUGGCUCCGGAGGUGUUGCAGAAGGGCACUGCAUAUGACAGCAGUGCCGACUGGUUUUCUCUAGGAUGCAUGCUCUUCAAGCUUCUGAGAGGACACAGCCCGUUCAGGCAGCAUAAAACCAAAGAUAAACACGAGAUUGACAGGAUGACACUUACCAUGAAUGUGGAGCUGCCAGAUUCAUUUACGCCGGAGCUGAAGUCCCUAUUAGAAGGCCUUCUCCAGAGAGAUGUGAGCAAGAGGCUUGGCUGCCAGGGCUGCAGUGCACAGGAAGUAAAAGAGCAUCCAUUCUUUAAAGGCAUUGACUGGCAACAGGUGUAUAUGCAAAAGUAUCCCCCACCACUGAUUCCUCCUCGAGGAGAGGUAAAUGCAGCUGAUGCCUUUGACAUUGGAUCCUUUGAUGAAGAAGACACAAAAGGAAUUAAGCUUCUUGAUAGUGAUCAAGAACUGUACAAGAACUUCCCUCUAGUGAUAUCUGAGCGCUGGCAACAAGAAGUAGCCGAAACGGUUUAUGAAGCUGUCAAUGCAGAUACUGAUAAAAUUGAAGCCCGGAAAAGAGCCAAAAACAAGCAGCUGGGUCAUGAAGAAGAUUAUGCACUAGGAAAGGACUGCAUUAUGCACGGCUAUAUGCUGAAACUAGGGAACCCAUUCCUGACUCAGUGGCAGCGACGCUACUUUUACCUCUUUCCAAACAGACUUGAAUGGAGGGGAGAAGGAGAAUCUCGGCAAAAUUUAUUGACAAUGGAGCAGAUAGUAUCUGUGGAAGACACCCAGAUUAAGGAGAAGAAGUGCAUCUUACUGAGGAUCAAAGGGGCAAAACAGUUUGUCCUGCAAUGUGAGAGUGACCCGGAAUUUGUACAGUGGAAGAAAGAACUGACUGAAGCAUUUACCGAGGCACAGAGGCUUUUACGUCGGGCUCCAAAGUUUCUGAACAAGUCUCGGUCUGGAGUUGUAGAGAUCUCCAAACCACCACUUAGUCACAGAAAUAGCAAUGGCCUUUAGGUGGCAGGACAGGACCAAGGAUUCUUAGGGAUAACUACUUAAAACACCUUGACCAAGGUCCACAGCAUUGCUAUUAGUUACUUGUAUGGCCCUCAACAGCAAGGUGUACAUAGAAGAAGCUUUGGGAGCCUGCAUCACACAUUGUCUACUGAAGACUGGUCCUACCACCUGAAGUCUAGAAGAGGUCUUGCAUCUAGAAGCGAUGAAGAGAUGAAUUUUCACUAAUAGAAGAGCUGUGAAAGUUGCCAAAUGUAGUGAUUGCUCAUCAUUCUGUUGCAUCAGCUUACCAGAUGGCCUGCCUCUUAGUGCUAAACAAGCAAGGCGUCCAACCCUUGCAUAUACCAUGGCAUAUGCAUGCUUUCGUGUAUGCCAAACAAGAAUAUGAAAUGGUUUUUGCAGUAGUUGCUUUUUACGUUGAUUUUUAUGUCUGAAAUUCAACAUGUCCAUGGAUGUUUCCGGAAGGCAUUGCCACGUUGUAAGAAUGUCCUCAAGAUGAUCGCUUUCCUGAUUGUUGCCAUAAUUUCCCCUAAACCUUUUGUCCUCCCAAAUUGCACUGUUGACUUUGUCUAACUGGCAGUGUGAUGAUUCUGUUAUGCACUUCGAAAUACUGACUUUUACUUGUCCUGUGGUUACAAGAUGUAGAUACUUCAUGGGAAUACAUACCAAGAAUUUUCACCCAGUACUGUGUGUUCACUAAUAUAGUGCUACCACUGUCUUGCUUUGUAUGAGGUUAGAAAUAUACUAGUAGAGUAAUUAUCGGUGAUCCGGAGUGCAUGGUAGCUUCGUCCAGUGAUCUGUAAGCCAGUCAGCAAGUUUAGCACAGUUAUUAUACAGGCUUAUUCUACAGAUACGUUUACAGUUACUAUAAAGACAGCUUUUUCCAUUUCAGGUCAAUUGCACUUAUUUUAUUUUUUUUCUUUAAUCAAUUUGUGUUUUAAGUAAAUAGUGGUUGAGAACGUUGGAUAAUCCUGGUACGUGCCAUGCUGUAAUCUUUAAUCAGUCCUUAAUAUCAGAAAUUCCUGUCCUUGUUCUCCACAUGUGUCCAAUGUUACAUAUUAUCCUCCUGUUAGGUGUCAUCAAGGCUACAGAGUAAUGAACAUUUACAUUAAGACUGGGAAUCCUGAUUGGCUGAACAAGGCAGGACAAGACAAUCAGUGUAUUCUGUUGUUGCUUCCGUCUACAUACAUGUGUGCUAGGUUGGAGCAAGCACUCACUGGAAAUGGCGUCUGGUGCUGAUGGGUGACCCUUUGUCUCGGCUGUUGCGUUGGUGGCACCACAAUUUAGCAUCCCACUUUUUGUUUUCCCAAUGAAGUGCAAAGUGCCAAUGGACUCGAAUAUCCUAGACACAUAUUCCUUAUAUUUAACAAAAACUUUUAAGUGUAUUUGUAAAUAUUAAUUUAAGACUUAGUUACAUGAGAGAGGAGCACUGCUAUUACCUGCACAUACAUCUGCAGCUGUGUGUUACAUAGUACGAGUUCUUCCCAAGGCCUAUUUCUCAUCAUUAACUUCACCUUGGUUUAGUAAAAUGCAGUGGGACGCAGUCUGGGGGGAACUGCUAUGAAUGUCAUGUUUUUAGUGGAAGGCGUACAAUGGUUAUUGGAUGAGUAUAACUGAACUACUGUGAAGUAUGAAUCCAUAUUUGUAUUAAAGUCACAUGCAGUGUUGGCAUGAACAUGUAAGCAAUUGUUAGUUGUUACUUUUAAAGGGAACACUGAACCCGUUUUCUGUAGGUUUACUGUUUAACUUUCCUCCCUUUUGGUGACAGUGGUAAAAUUCUGGAGAAAGAAGAAACAAAUGCAGCAAGAAAUGGUUACAAGAUAAUGUUAUCUUCUAAUGUUACAAUACACAUACAUUGUGUAUUCCGCACACACGCACUCUGACUGUGUAACCCAUACUGAGGGUAAUCUAUAUGGUACAGGCUUCUAAUUAGUACAGUAAUAAUUGCAGUAUGCAGCUGUCAGUAGCUCCUUACUCUCACUAUAUACUUUUCAAAGCCACAAACCUGUUUGUUGUCGUUACUGUGGAUUUGUGUAUUUUUUUAUUGUACUGUACCUAUAAAGAAUUUACGGAAGCCAUAGUAAUUAUGGAGAGAAAUGCAAUGACUGUUAAUGAACACAGCAAUAAAAUGAGAAUCUAUACUGCUUUCAGAAGAGCUACCUAUUUUGUCCAACAAACCUUAUUUUAAAACCAUUGUCCACAUCCACACUAUCCACAGUGUUUGCAGGCUGUCCCCAUAGUGCUCCACUGAUUGAGCAAUGUAAAAAUAUUAUUGGUAUCGUCAUAGGAAUAUUAUAGUGGGUGUUGAUUAUAGCCGAGUGCUGAGAAAUAGUAAGGACAUCAUAUGGCUAAAGUACAAUGUGUUCCUAACACAUAUGGAGGAAAAAUAAUAAUUUGUGGACUACUCAGAUAUGUGCAUAUAUUCAUUUAUAUGGCUUUGCAGAACAUAGAUAAGUAAAAUGAUGGGGGUUUUAAGCCAAGUAAGCUUUUUUAUCUGAGAAUUGCUAAAAUAGCGGCCAAGUUAUUAAAACGGUUUAUUUGUUAUUAGCUAUAAUUCUAUUUCCAUAAUUAUAAUUGUGAGUAAGAGAAAUAUUACAUAUUCAACAUGCAUUCUUAAAGCCUGGAAGGCACAAUUUAAUGCUCCCAAGAAUAACAUAUGUAACUGCUCCUACACACACACACACACACACACACAUUUGUUUUGUGUCUAAUCCAGCGUUGCCUGCAGCCCUCGCCAGCAUUGAUGCCCAGUGCAAUAUAAUAGAGUUCUGUAGAAGCACUCAUGAAUUGGGAAAGUAACUAUGCUGCCACACUCCUGGAAGAUAUUCUGUAGAAGCUUCUGUCUAUCCUUUGUAUAGGCACCUGUCUGUAUGAGCCCUUAAUCAACAUCAAGCUCCAUUUUUUGACAGCUACCUGACAAAUGAUUUGGUUCUGCAAAUCUGAUAUAUCCAUCCCUACUAGCUUUAUUUUGUAACCAUUUUCUUGCUUGUCAUUAUUAAAUACUUUGAUUACUAUAGAAAUCAUGUAGGGGAACAGGCUUUUUAACAGCUGCUCCAUCUACCUGAAUGUGCCACAAACUCUCAAGUCCAGGUCAGAAAAUAACAUGGAUCCUGUUUUAUUCUUACACCGUCAUUUAUAUACACAUAUAUGUCCCCAUUUUGCUUGUGGUUUUUGCCUUGACACACCUCCUGGUGUAGGACAAUGUUUUUGUUUAAUUUGUCACAUUGAAGGUUGAUUGUCAUGUUUUAUAAGCUAGAAGAUUCCUCUGCUAAUGAAUGACAGAAUGAGCCAUUGGCCCGGUGCAGCGCCGCUUGGUAAGUCAGUUGUAGUCAUAGUGCUGCAGUAAGUCAAUGGCCAUGUACACACAAGACAAGGAUAUGGGGGGAGGGGCCACACAACUGUUAAGGCACCGUUCACAAGCUCUCACUUGUAUUUGCUACUGAAAAAAUGUAUUUAUUUGCCUUAGGUUAUUUAAAGCAGCACCCUUCCAAAAAAUGCAUUAAAAUAUUUACAUGAACUUUCUAUAAAAUUAUUAAAAUACACACAACAGCAGCAGCGCAACAGAAGCAUUAGUAUUUUAUUAUUACUUUUCCAUUUUGAUGUCAUGAUUCCCACUUAGGUACAUACAAAAUACUGGUUUAUAGGUCAUUGCUGUAGCAGAGCACAACGUUGAUAGUUACAAUGAAUAAAAGCACAUUUUUGCAACUGGUUAUCACUCUUGGCAAGCCGGCCGGACGAGGUUGUCAUUACUCCACUGCUUCCUAGUGCGCAGAGACUUUGCAUUCACAUAAUAAUUAAAGUUUGGGUAAGAGUUUAAUAGGAGUUUGCGAACUGCUGGAACUUUGAUUUCUCAUCACCUUAUCCAGAGGUCACACAGCCGUCUUGUGUCCAGUGUGCACUUGUUCCUGUGAAUACAAAAUAUUAGCUGUAAUUUAAAAGCCACUUGUUGCAACUAUGUUGUAAUAAUGCAUUGGAUCUGUUUAUAUUGCAUGUUCCUAAUAGCUUUAACCAUUCCUGGUUCCCCCUUUUUGUACAAGAACAUCAUAUAAACCUCUAUAAUACCAUCAUAUGUUACCAUGUCCAUCAGAACCAAAUGGACUGUGAGGUACACUAAAUAUCAAUCAGAACAUCCGCCUUGCUAUCAUGUGGUAGCCACUUAUGAUAGGACUCCUAAAUGCCUCUCUAUACUGUUGUGUAACACCUUCUCCUUUUAGACCAGACUUGCCAAUUAAAAUCUGAAGAUAAAUAAUUGCCCUGGGCAAAUGCUUGCACUGAAUGUAUACUGUAGGGGGAAGCAGAGCGACAACCAGUAAAGUCCAGUGCAAUCCUGUCUAACUGAGCUAAGGUCUUAUUCUACAGUAAAGUGCUUUCCAACUGUUGCAUGUCUAUAUAGUGGGGGCCCCUUGAUAUAUAAAUAUCACUUGCCGCUGAAAGUCUGCUGUGUUUCCUAUGUGUUUGGCAGCAAUUCAUUCCUCUUAACCCUUACAAAGUCUGCACAAUCCUGGAAAUCUAGUAAGUAGCUUUCCAAAGGAAACUGUAAUUCAGACCUACUGCAAAUCAGUUUUAUUAAAGUAUAUAUUACAAAAAAAAAAAGAUUAAUCCAUUUACAGACAUGCUCAUAACGUCAUUAAAGCAAUGAAAACUUUCAAGAUCAGUCUAUAAGUUAGUCUACAAAUUGCAUAAGGGUUAUUUUAAAGGUCAGGUCCCAUUGGAGAACGAUCAUUCAGAAGCUGCUUUGCAUGCAGCAUUGAUUACUUGUAUCUGUGAAGCAUUGACAGAUAAGUGUGCUGGAAAAUUUUGUUGUCAGUUUGUAUACACAUACAAGGAAUCUUGUCCUGCUGUAUGCUAAUUGGGGAUGGUCUACAUAUAGUAUCCUUGCUUCAUAAAUUCUGAUCAGUUGAAACUUCAGUGUCCUAACACGUGUGCUAAUAAGAAGCAUCCUUCUGUUGCAUAAAGAUGUACAUAUUUCAUCCAUGGUCAAGUAAAUACUAUACUCCUUGUUCAACAAACACUUGUGCAUAGUCAUUUAUUCUGUUUGAAACAAAUCUUUACGGACUCGGCUGUAUUUUGGGAUAUGAAGGUAGUUAUGUAGGAAUAGAACAAGAAUUAUAUUUUAACAAAAAUUCAUUUUAUAUUAUUUAUUAAAUCCAUGCAUUUAUUUGAUGUUGCUGACAUUCCACUGAAUUGUUUCUUAUCUGUAUAGUUGGUUAUUUAAGGUGUGCUGGCAAUUUCAUUAGAACUAUCCGCUUUAUUCUGUUUUUCAUAAAUAAACGCCAAUUGAACCCAGAA